CUCUCAGAUGGUUCCAUCAAGGGAACAGUUGUAAGUUUACAAGGGGGUACCCUUGUAUCCCAAGGGGGUAACCUUGUAUCCCAAGGGGGUAACCUUGUAUCCCAAGGGGGUAAUCUCGUAUCCCAAGGGGGCUCUUUGGUCUCCCAAGGGGGGACAAUUGUUCAGGGAGUGUCUGGUGUAGGAGGAGGCCAGGGGAUAAAAUUGAUGAACAGCGGGGGACAAGCAUUUAGAGUUGUAUCUGGGGGUAGACUAGUUGGAGAACAGAGUCCCAGGAAACCCAGUAGUCCUCUGAAACCUUUAGCUUUUAAACCAGAACAGGGUCAAGUUAUAAGAACCGCGGAUGGCCGACUUAUUGCUUUUACGGGUACUGGCAAAAAUCUAGUUUUAUCCAGCCCUAGCAAGCAAGCAUCAGAAGUUGUUGGUUUACAUGAUUUAGAAUCCUCCUCACCAACCACACAGAAGAUUCAAUAUGUUAGGGUUGUAAAUGCUCAAGGGGGAAGUCAAACAGUUCAAAUUAAAAUGCCGGAGAAGACGUCCCUGAACCUUCAGCAAGUGCAAGGCAUCAAGAGUGUAGUUCCUAGUAAUGGAUCAACAACCUCAACUACUUCAACAACACUAGACAACAGCAACUUCCAGACUAGCUUUAUGAAGGAGGUGGCACAAGCUAAAAAAGGUCAAUACGACAGUGUUUGGAGAGAAAUCCUGCAGCUUUUCAACCAAAGAUUGGGAAAAAUCCAGUAG